AUCUCAGCCAGCCAACCCGACUCGACGACUCACUUCUUCUUCUAGUUCUCUCUGUCUGUCUUAAGUCUGACUCUCUCACUCUUUUUCUUUUUUUCUUUUUUUCAUUUUUGGGGCAAGUUCUCUCUCUCUUUAUUUCCUCCUCCUUCUUCACUCAGAUUCACUCUCUCUCUCUGUCUGUCGAAUUCCCCUGGAGAAAAAUCCACAUUUUCCAUCUAUCAAUCAACGUUUAGGAAUUGAAGAUAUACAGAGAAUUCAUUUAAUUUUACUACUUAAUUAUGGCAGCGUCCCCUGUUAGUGUUUCCUGGGUCAAGCAGCCAUACACAAGCUGCCGCCCUUCUGCUUCUUCUUCUUCUUCUUCUUCAUUAUUAACAGAGUACUCGAGCUCCUGCUCAGCCCUGGGUAACCCCUGCCGGAAGAAGAAGCAGCAGCAGCCCAACAUUAACAUAACAAGCUGCUCUCUUCAGACUACUCCUCCCCCGCCCUCCGCCUCCGCCUCCGCCUCCUUUCACUUCCCCAAACAGAGCCUUCCUACAUUAAUUGAUCAACCGGUCCCCUCUACCUCAACUCCUCCCCUUACCACUCCCAGUCCAAGUCCCCGUCCCCGCCCCUGCCCCCGCAAGCAAAACAAGGAAUUUUCCACUCAUCAGCAGCAGUCACAGUGGGACUGGAACCCACUUCAGAGGGCCGCUGCCUUGGCAUUGGACGCGGUGGAGGCUGCCAUCGCGUCUCACGAGAAGAAGCACCCCCUCCCCAAGACCACCGACCCUCGCGUCCAGAUUGCGGGCAACUUUGCCCCCGUCCCUGAGCAGCCCCCCUGCCACUCCCUCCCUGUCACCGGAAAGAUCCCCGGUUGCAUUCAAGGAGUUUACGUGCGCAAUGGUGCCAACCCGCUUCACCAGCCUGCUGGGGGACACCAUCUCUUCGAUGGUGACGGGAUGAUCCACGCUGUCCGGUUCCAGGGCGAUGGCUCCUCCAGCUAUACCUGCCGAUUCACUGAGACGCACCGCAUGGUCCAAGAGCGGGCCCUGGGCCGUCCCGUCUUCCCAAAGGCCAUCGGCGAACUCCACGGCAACUCUGGAAUUGCCAGGCUGCUGCUGUUCUAUGCCCGCGGGCUUCUUGGGCUUCUCGAUCACACCCACGGGAUCGGUGUUGCCAACGCGGGCCUUGUCUACUUCAACAACCGUCUACUCGCCAUGUCCGAGGAUGAUUUGCCGUACCAUGUCCUGGUCACUCCCUUGGGUGACCUAACGACAGUUGGGCGUUACGACUUCAACGGGCAGCUCAAUUCCACGAUGAUCGCCCACCCUAAGAUCGACCCAGUCUCUCAGGAGCUCUUUGCUCUUAGCUAUGACGUCGUGAAGAAGCCGUACCUCAAGUACUUCCGAUUCUCGCCAGAUGGCAACAAGUCGCAGGACGUCGAGAUUCCCCUUUGUAUGCCCACGAUGAUCCACGACUUCGCCAUCACCGAACGCUUCGUGGUCAUCCCGGACCAGCAGGUCGUGUUCAACCUCGUGGAGUUAAUCCGUGGCGGGUCCCCCGUAAUCUAUGACAAGAAAAAGAUGUCCCGGUUCGGGAUCUUGGACAAGAAUGCCACCGAUGCCAAGGGGAUCAGAUGGAUCGACGCUCCUGAUUGCUUCUGCUUCCAUGUGUGGAACGCGUGGGAGGAGCCCGAGAGCGAGGAAGUAGUCGUGGUAGGGUCGUGUAUGACCCCACCCGAUUCAAUCUUCAACGAAUCGGAUGAGAACCUAAAGAGUGUCCUGUCGGAAAUCAGACUGAGCCUAAGGACCGGGGAGUCUACGCGUAGGCCGAUAAUCUGCGAGUCCGAGCAGGUGAACCUGGAGGCAGGCAUGGUGAACCGGAACAUGCUUGGGAGAAAAACUCGGUACGCCUACCUGGCCCUUGCAGAGCCAUGGCCUAAAGUGUCGGGGUUCGCCAAAGUCGACCUGUCGACGGGGGAAGUGUGGAAGUACACGUACGGAGAGGAGAGGUACGGCGGAGAGCCUUUGUUUCUUCCGAGAAGCCGCCCUGAGGAGUUGUCAGAUCAGGAUGAUGAAGAAGACGAGGGGCACAUCCUGGCAUUCGUGCACGACGAGAAGGAAUGGAGAUCGGAGCUUCGGAUAGUGAAUGCGAGGACACUAGAACUCGAGGCCUCGAUCGAGCUCCCAUCUCGGGUACCGUAUGGGUUCCAUGGGACAUUUAUCGGUGCACAGGAGUUAAGAAGGCAAGCUUAGGGGGCUGUGUAGAGAUUAAAUAAAGGUGUAGUUAAUGAAAGAGGAGAUUACUACUGCCAGAGGGACUGUCUGAUGAUUACAUGUACGUACGUCCCCGGGGUUAUUUCCUCUCUGGUAGAAACAAGAGUAUUUAGCUACUAGCCAUCUUAUUAUUUACAGAUGUCAUUUA